GUCCCUUUUACACCGAAGUGCUCCUUGAUACUCAACACGUGUAGAAGUAUUUAGGUUUGGCAAUUCAAAUAGAUGGAACGGCGGAAAAUGACCCUAAAUCCUAAAAGACGGAACGGUGGUAAAAGACCCCAAAUCCUAAUAGACUGAACGACGGAAAAUGACCCCAAAUCCUAGAAGACAGCAAGGGGAAAUUUAGAAGAACUCCACAAGGAUCCGGAGAAAAACUUUUUAUUUGGAGACAUUUGUCUUGAUAGUUUGUUUCCAAUUCAGAAUACAGCCUGUAUUGUGACGGCGGCCACUGAAAAAGAUCUUGGUUGGAAUGCAAUGUUUGGAAGAGAUUUUAAAAGAGAGAAGGCUUUGGUACUAGUAAGGUAAAUAUCACGUGAUGAUUUGGCGCGGAAUUUAUAAAAACCACCGUGCUUCGUCGGAAGCAAUUUUGUAAGGAAAUAAUUGUCGCUCUUUAACAUGGAAGAAAAUCACGCAGCUGAACCUAUUCAGCUCGAGAAACCUUCCGGAGUUAUAAAAUUAAAGAUAAAAAAGAAGAAAUUGACACAAAACUCCUCAAAACGGAUUUCAAACGCUUUAAAACCUAUUAAUGGACGAAUUCAAGAUGGCCGCUCCCAGGGGUUAAAGUCGUUAAAGAGAGCGAAUCCGUUAAGGUGUUCUCCGAAGAAAAAGGCAAACCUCACCUCAGACGAGAAAACGUCAGAAUGCAGGUUGUUUAGUGCCCUCGAUGGACUGGACGAGGAUCAGGAAAAUAGAUCCACAAACACUGUUCGUGAAACAUGGAACAAAUCUCAACAUCAAAAUACAUCUGACAAAAGACGGGAGACUAACGUUGCCGAUUCUCAACCAGCUGAAGCUGAAGAGACGAUCACUAAGAACGAUGGCUCAGAAAUGUUUCCUUUAGACUGGAGCUUAAAAACUAAAGUAAGAUUUACGUCUUCGAAGACGUUUAAUUGGUGUGGAACACUGAAAACAUUUGACGAAGGUGCUGGUAUGUCAAAUUUUGUUCGUUGCCAAACAAAAGAAAUCGACUCCAAUGGAAACGCUUAUUCUUAUCCUGAAUCAUUUUGUUCCUUUACCAAAGUUUGGAUGCACCCUUCUCUCCCGUGGCUCGAACUUUUUCCACGCAAAUCAACCGAUGGUAAAACUAGUUCAAAAAGACAAUUUCAAAUCACAGAGGAAAUGGCAUCUUCUCUUCACCAUGACUGGGUGUCCGGUUUUCGCUCUGUUUUUAACUUGGUACGCGUCGGUUUUUGCCCUUAUUUUUAUCUAGUUGCAAAUCAGACCAAUAUGCUUUUUCAGGCAGCUGGAAUAAACAGGGAUGAUGCAGUUCAAGUCCUUAUAACACCCACCACGAAAGGUUUUCGGGAUGCAUUGAGGAGUGAAGGAAUUAACUUUACCAUGCCACAUUUGGAGGUUAAAGAAAAGAAAAAGUUUGGGUCUGAUUCUCAGAAUGAAGACUCUGACGAAGAGGAAGGAGUUGAGUCUGGGGAUGAUUCUGAUGAUGAGAGUAGCAACAAGUGUGAGUGGCUAGAAAGCAUGGGACUUGAUAAGGAACAGUUUCCACUCUUAAAACCUAAAGUUGUUACACCACAUCAGAGGAACAGCCUAAGAACUUUAGAUCAACAUCCAACUUCUACUGUGUUAGUGAAAGGAAGUGAUACUCUUGCAUUGUUUAACUUCCUACUCAACUGUAAGAGUUUGACAGCCAACACUGGACCACAAGCUCAGGUGCCGCCAACAUUGCUGGCCCCUGUUGCGUUUGAGGGAGCCACUCUAAAGGGUCUGAAGGUAAACCAGGGGACUAUGAAGCAUCAACAAGCUAAGGCUAUGACACAGUUAUGUAGCCUGGAGAUUUCUGGUCCAAUUCUUCCUGGAUGUCUGUAUGAACUGUGUCAUCUACUGAAAGAAUCACAAGGAGGAGACUUUAAAGCCACCUUCUUUGUACACCAACCAUCAGUGGCCUUUAAUGUUCCAAGCAUGAACACUGAAGAAAACUACCUUGGGAGUGAGUGUCCUUUGCAGCAAAGCAUCUCACAUGGACAGUGGAGACAUUAUCAGGAGGCAGAAAAACUACAGGACAUGUGUUUGAAAGACCUUAGUUGCAAAGACAAACUCUUCUCGUGGACAACUUGAUAACUAGACAUGUUCCAGCAGUACCUUUCUCUACCCAGGAGUAUUUUAAAUGUUAUCAGUGACCAUGGAGUGUGGGGAACACUAAUGAGUGACCAAAUAAGAACUUAGCAUUCCACCCAGCAGAGGAAAUGUACUACUCAUAGUCUAUAAAAAUCAAAGAGUGCUGAGAAUUUGUGAGACAAUCUUGACUAGCUCUUACGUGCCAACUUCACAGUUCUAAAUGGAAAAUUUAUGUUUACUGAUGUUCCAAUAACCUGAGAACAAGUAAUCUCCAUGGCUGUUACUGGUAAGCUCUCGAAUUUCAAGGUAAGAAUUCUUGAUGGGUCAAUGCAUUGUGUUUUUUUGAGAAACACAAGAUAUCAUCAGUAAGAUCUCAUUAUUAAGAUUUCAUUAUUAAGAUCUUAUUAGCAAUCCUCCUUACUGUCUGCAAAACAAAUCUUAUCUGUAAGU